UUUUGUCGGUUAUCCAUGUACGGUGAAUGUUUGCACCUGAGGUUUCUCCUGGUUUGUUUCACGAUGUUGCUUUGUUUGCUGUAGUCGUCAGUAUAGCACACUACUGUGCUUCGGACGGAAAACAUGUCUUAUCAGCGCUAUUUCAGGUUCACCGACGUUGAUUAUCAAGAGGCAUUCUCCUUGUUUGACAACAGGGGAGAUGGUAAGAUCAAUAUCUCGCAACUGGGAGAUGUCUUGAGAGCCCUUGGGCAAAACCCAACAGAAGCUGAUGUGAAAAAAUGCACUCAUCAGCUGAGACCUGAGGAGCGCAUCAGUUUUGAUGUCUUUUUGCCAAUCCUGCAAACUGUGAGCAAGAAUCGCAGCCAGGACACUGCAGAAGACUUCAUUGAGGGCUUACGCCAUUUUGAUAAGGAUGGCAAUGGAUACAUCAGUUCAGCUGAGCUGCGACACCUUCUUACUACCUUGGGUGAAAAACUGACAGAUGAUGAGGUAGAACAGUUAUUAACGGGCCAAGAGGACUCUCAGGGAAAUGUCCAUUACGAAGAUUUCGUCAGGAUGGUGAUGAAUGGGUAGGCUGGUUUAGAAGCCUGCAUCACGUCUUCCUAUGCUGCCAUGUUCCAUUCCAAGUGUGCACGACAAGCUUCAAAUAUGCAGUACUUUUAGUAAUAAAUGGCUGCCGUUUCUA